AUGUUUGCGCAGCCGAGGGUACGGAAGACGGCGCCGGCGCCGCCAAAAAAGAGGAAGACAACACAUGCGAUCGAGGAGAUCACAUUCGAUAAAGAUGCCCGCUCCGAGUAUCUUACGGGAUUCCACAAGCGCAAACAGGCGCGGAUCAAGCAUGCGCAAGAGGUAGCCGAGCAGAAGGCGCGGGAAGAGAGGAUUGAAGUACGGAAACAGAUAAGGGAAGAACGAAAACAAGCCGUCGAGGACCACGUUCAGGCGAUCAAUAAGAUCCUUCGGGAAGCCGAGCACGCCGGCACGGGCGACCAAGACCAAAAUGAUUCCGAGGGUGAAUGGGGAGGCCUGUCAGACACAGACAUCCCUGAAGCGCCGAUCGACAUGGAGGAAGAAUACAUCGACGAGGACAAGUACACAACCGUGACCGUGGAAGCAGUCAGCGUAGACCGAGACGGUCUUCAUAAACCAGAGCUCGAGAAGCCCUCGGAGGAUGCAGGGCCUAAACAAGAAGGUGCUAGUGCGGAGGAAGAUUCAAAGAAAGACGCCAAACGACCCAAAUACCCGGCCAAGAAGAACAAGAAGUUCCGCUACGAAAACAAGUUUGAAAGAGCUGUCGAAGCACGGAAGCAAAGGUCGAAGCGAAGGAAAGAUAAGGGGUAG